UCCACGCGUCAAAACUUUCUUCUCCUUGUAAAGCCACUACUAUUUUUGCUACUUUAAGUGAGCUAGAAAAUCCUUCGUGUUACCAAAAUCUACUGGCUCUUUAUGUAUAAAUAGCCACUUCUUGAGCUUUAUAUUUCCUCAAAACAUUUCUAUGGCAAGUAGAAGAGAAGUUUACUUUGUUUUCAUGAACUAUGAUCCAGAAUACGAGCGCCUUAAAUCCAACAGAACGAAGAAGGGAACACAAGAGCUUGAUCUGUACUUGUGCAAGAAACAUGAUGAGUUGUUAGAAAACACCCUUGAGCCAGGCAGCUACAACAAGAGAAUGUCCUUAGUCAUUGUUGAUGGCUUUGCUGUAGAAAUCACGGAUAAUCAGGCUAAUGUGCUUCGAUCAGCAAAAGACGUGAGGGUUGUAGAGAAAAAUCAAGAGCUUGCAUAAUGCCGGCCAAGAUCCCCAACUGUUUGAGGCUGAGUUUGCUCAAUGAUUUCUUGCUAAAUGAAAUUUAGAAAACUAUGAGUAAAAUAAAAUAAAAGAUAAAAAAAAUAAAAAUAAAAAGUGGGGUGGGGGCAUGAAUAUUGUGAAAGUAAAUGCUUCGUCUUAUGGUACGAAAGCAUAUAUGAAGUCAUUAUUGUACUUUAGAUAAUAAUUGUUCUCUGAAUACAUCCCCCAUCCCGACCAUGUAUUUCACUUUUUACUUUGUAGGUCAUAGAAAGUGUAAUCAAUGCCUCGUCUGAGUCCCAUUGAUCCAAUUCUGUCUUUUGAAAGGAUAAAAUAAUAUAAUUAAAUAGAUUUCUGAUGGCCGGCACUAAUAGAGAGCGGUAAUUAAACGAUCAUUAAUAGAGAGUGUUUAAUUACCACUUAGUCAAACUGAGAGAUUUGUUCUUCCUGUGGAGAGUUGGUGGAAUCGAAAGCAAGUCUCCAAAUUCAAAUUCGAGAUCUUUA